AACACACAAAUUUUGGCUUCAAUUUUAAUCACAUUUUUUUACAUGAAUUUUGCCACAAAAUUAAGUUAUUCAAUUCAUUCAUUCGAAAAUUCAAAUACUUUCAAUAUAGUAACUAGAUAGGCUUUGUAGAGAAUGGAAUUCGGUAGAAAAAUAACAAUAUGCUUGUUCAUGAUGAUCAUAAUGUGGUGUUACGCAAUCGAAGGUAGAGAACCUGUGUUGCAUAGGGUUGGAGGUGGAAGGUAUACUUGGCGACCAAACGUUAGCUUCACAAAUUGGACAAGUUAUGAGCAUUUCUACCAGGAUGAUUGGCUAUAUUUUGGAUUUGAUAGGAAUGUUCAUAAUGUUCUUGAGGUGAACAAAACAAACUAUGAGAAUUGUAUUGAAACGGAUUUCAUAAAGAAUGUUACAAGAGGAGGAAGAGAUGUUGUCCAACUGCUGGAGAUGAGGUCGUAUUACUAUAUAUGUGGGAGAGGUUUUUGCAACAAUGGAAUGAAGGUUGAAAUAAAUAUUGAACCAGAUCUACCACUUUCUCCAACCAUUUUCAGCCAGGCUUCUUCUACAGCAAAAAUGAAUGUUUUGUUUUCUGUCAUAGGUUUAGCUUGGAUCUUCAUAUAA